GGCGCUUCUUCCGGGUGGGGCCCGGGGCGGAGGCGAUGGCGCCCUGGGCGCUCCUCAACCCUGGGGUCCUGGUGCGGACCGGGCACACCGUGCUGACCUGGGGGAUCACGCUGGUGCUCUUCCUGCACGACACCGCGCUGCGGCAGUGGGAAGAGCAGGGCGAGCUGCUCCUGCCCCUCACCUUCCUGCUCCUCGUGCUGGGCUCUCUGCUGCUCUACCUGGCCGUGUCACUUAUGGACCCCGGCUACGUGAACAUCCAGCCCCAGCCCCAGGAGGAAGCCAAGGAAGAGCAGACGGCCAUGGUGCCUCAGGCCAUCCCGCUUCGGCGCUGCAGAUACUGCCUGGUGCUGCAGCCCCUGCGGGCCCGGCACUGCCGUGAAUGCCGCCGCUGCGUGCGCCGCUAUGACCACCACUGCCCCUGGAUGGAGAACUGCGUGGGGGAGCGCAACCACCCGCUCUUCCUGGCCUACCUGGCGCUGCAGCUGGUGGUGCUCCUGUGGGGCCUGUACCUGGCAUGGUCUGGCCUCCGGUUCUUCCGGCCCUGGGGGCUGUGGCUGCGGUCUGUCGGGCUCCUGUUCGCCACCUUCCUGCUGCUGUUGCUCUUCUCGCUGGUGGCCGGCCUGCUCCUGGCCUCGCACCUCUACCUGGUGGCCAGCAACACCACCACCUGGGAGUUCAUCUCCUCACACCGCAUUGCCUACCUCCACCAGCGCUCCAGCAACCCCUUUGACCGUGGCCUGAUCCGAAACCUCGCCCACUUCUGUGGGUGGCCCUCGGGGUCCUGGGAGACCCUCUGGGCCGAGGAGGAGGAGGAGGGGGGCAGCACACAGGCCGCUUAGGGGUGCUGGAGGCGGCACUGCUCACUGUGCCUGAAAACCAGAGGGCGCACCCCGCCUGGGCUCCCUGCUUCCGGCCGGGCCUCACAGAGCAGCGGGGGCCCCUUCCUCGGUGGGUAGGUCUGCCCUCCACAGAAAGGGGGAGAAGACCUGUGGAGGCCUCGGACACGGGCCACCUGGGCUUCUGAGGCAGCCCCCACUCUCAAGCCAGGCUGCCUCCAGUGCGGUUUUACAAAUUUAAUAACCCACAAAGCACGACAUCAAGUAUUAAAAACCCAACUAAUCCA